AUGUUUGAUAUCACCUGCAAUUGGAAUGAGUCUACCUUCUUGGAGAUGCGGGGUGUUGAAUUUUAUGGGGGUUUCAGCAUUCCUAUACCGAUAAAAAGGGCUUUUGCUUCAAGUGUUAUACCAAAACACAAUUGCUCAAUGGACGACUUAAACUUCAAAGAGCUUAUAUCGAAACACAUGCAAGUCGUAUUGACCAGCCAAAAGUCUAACACAGAUCAACAGGGCUACCAUCUUACAGCAACGGGAUUCAGAAAAUUUAGCUACUCUGAGCUCAAAAAGGCUACAAAGGGGUUCAGUCAAGAGAUUGGAAGUGGUGCAGGAGGGGUUGUGUACAAAGGCAUUUUAUCAGAUCAAAGAUAUGCAGCAAUUAAGAGACUGGAUGAAGCUAAACAAGGAGAAGGGGAAUUCCUUGCUGAAGUGAGCAUCAUUGGAAGGCUUAACCACAUGAACUUGAUUGAAAUGUGGGGAUAUUGUGCUGAGGGAAAGCAUAGAUUGUUGGUGUAUGAGUAUAUGGAGAAUGGUUCUUUGGCAGAAAAUCUCUCAACUAACACACUUGAUUGGAGUAAGAGAUAUAACAUUGCAAUUGGAACUGCAAGAGUUCUAGCAUAUGUGCAUGAAGAAUGUUUGGAGUGGAUUUUGCACUGUGAUAUAAAGCCACAAAACAUACUUCUAGAUUCCAACUAUGAGCCAAAGUUAGCAGACUUUGGCUUGUCUAAGCUCCUGAAGAGAGAUAACCCCAACAAUCCAAGCAUCUCUAUGAUCAGAGGGACCAGAGGCUACAUGGCACCUGAGUGGGUUUUUAACUUGCCUAUCACAUCCAAGGUGGAUGUUUAUAGCUAUGGAAUUGUUGUUUUGGAAAUGGUAACUGGGAAAAGCACAGCAACAAGUGUCCAAGAUAUUGAUGGUGAAGAGGCAUAUGAUGGGAGGCUAGUGGCAUGGGUGAGAGAAAAAAGAAGCAACGCCAAUUCAUCCUGGGUGGAACAAAUAAUUGAACCUGCUAUUGGACCUGAUUAUGAUAAGAGUAAGAUGGAAGUGUUGACUACAGUGGCUUUAAACUGUGUGAUGGCACAGCCAGAUGAGAUUAGGGUUAAGAGAACAAUUCCAUGUAAGCUUGCAUUGAAUACGGCUUUGUCAAUCACAAUCUUUCUUCUAGCAUCGUUAUUGUCUUCUCAACCUUCAUCUUCUUCAUCCUCAUUAAGAAUGGGGUCUUGCCUCUCAGCGGAAAAUCCAGAAGAUAUUCUCAUCUCACCAAAUGCUAUCUUCUCUGCUGGCUUUUUAGCCAUUGGUUAUUCCUUUGCAAUAUGGUUCACGGAGCCUCAUUUUCACAGCCCCAGCACUGUCACAUGGAUGGCAAACCGUGACCAACCUGUGAAUGGAAAACGAUCCAAGCUUUCCCUCACCCUCGAUGCCAACUUAGUCUUGGUUGAUGCUGCUUUUAACACUGCUUGGUCUUCAAACACUGUUUCAUCAGCCCCAGUAGAGUUGCAUCUCAAAGAUGAUGGCAAUCUCGUGUUACGUGAGGUUCAAGGAACUGUUCUGUGGCAAAGUUAUGAUUUCCCAACCGACACCCUCGUUCCUGCCCAACCUCUUACCAGAUACACAAUACUUGUGUCUUCAAGAAGCGAGAGUAACCAUUCCUCAGGUUUCUAUAAGUUUUUCUUCGAUGAUAACAACGUUCUUGGUCUUCACUAUGAUGGUCCUGAUGUUUCAAGCUCCUACUGGCCACAACCUUGGUUGCUUAGUUGGGAUGUUGGCAGGACUUCUUUCAAUAGUAGUAGAAUUGGCGUGUUGAAUUCUCUUGGGCUUUUCAAUUCAACAGAUAAUUUCACUUUCGUAACAUCUGAUUAUGGCACCGUGCUGCAGAGAAGGUUGAAAGUGGAUUGUGAUGGCAACGUUCGAGUGUAUAGUCGAAAUAAUGUUUUGGGAAAGUGGUAUGUUUCAUGGCAAGCAAUUUCUAGUGGUUGCAUACCUCAUGGGAUUUGUGGACCCAACAGCUUGUGUGUUUAUGAUCGUGUCAGUGGAAGAAAAUGUUUGUGUCUUCCUGGGCAUAGAUUAAAGAACCACAGUGAUUGGUCUCAAGGGUGCGAACCCUUGUUUCAUCUUACUUGCCAUAAGAAUGAGUCUAUGUUCUUGGAGAUUCCAAGUGUUGAAUUUUAUGGCUAUGACAAUCAUUAUGUAGAAGUUAGUAACUAUAGUGCCUGUGAGAAGUUAUGCUUGCAAGACUGCACUUGUAAGGGGUUUCAGCACUCCUACAGUGAUGAUAAACGCUUUUAUAGGUGCUACACAAAAACGCAAUUGCUCAAUGGACGACGUUCACCUGUAUUCCAAGGAUCAACAUACUUGAGAUUGCCCAAAAGUAAUAGCUUCUCUCACGAAGAAUAUGCCAGUGAACCUUUAUAUGAUCAUGUUUGUUAUGUUCAACUUCAACGAGCUUAUAUCAAAACACAUGGAAACCGUUUGGUAAAGAUUUUCCUGUGGUUUGCUACCGCUCUUGGAGCUUUUGAAAUGAUUUGUGUUUUGGUGAUUUGGUGCCUCCUAAUUAGGACCAGACAAAAGUCUAAAGUUGGUCAAGAGGGCUACCAUCAUACAGAAUCAGGAUUCAGAAAAUUUAGCUACUCUGAGCUGAAAAAGGCUACAAAGGGGUUCAGUCAAGAGAUUGGAAGAGGUGCAGGAGGAGUUGUGUACAAAGGCAUUUUAUCAGAUCAGAGACAUGCAGCAAUAAAGAGACUUUAUAAUGCUAAACAAGGAGAAGGUGAAUUUCUUGCUGAAGUAGGCAUUAUUGGAAGGCUUAACCACAUGAACUUGAUUGAAAUGUGGGGAUAUUGUGCUGAGGGAAAACAUAGGUUGCUGGUUUGUGAGUAUAUGGAGAAUGGUUCUCUGGCAGAAAAUCUAUCAUCCAACACACUUGAUUGGAGUAAGAGAUAUAACAUAGCUCUUGGAACGGCAAGAGUUCUAGCAUAUCUGCAUGAACAAUGCUUGGAGUGGAUUUUGCACUGUGAUAUAAAGCCACAAAACAUACUUCUAGAUUCCAACUAUGAGCCAAAGUUAGCAGACUUUGGCUUGUCUAAGCUUAUGAAGAGAGAUAACCCCAACAAUCCAAGCAUCUCUAUGAUCAGAGGGACCAGAGGCUACAUGGCACCUGAGUGGGUUUUGAACUUGCCUAUCACAUCCAAGGUGGAUGUUUAUAGCUAUGGAAUUGUUGUUUUGGAAAUGAUAACUGGGAAAAGCACCACAAGAAGUAUCCAUAAGAUUAAUGAUGAAGAAACAUAUGAUGGAAGGCUGGUGGAAUGGGUGAGAGAGAAAAGUGGCAGCAACACUAAAUCAUCGUGGCUGGAACAGAUAAUUGAUCCUGAUAUUGGACCUGCUUAUGAUAAAAUAAAGAUGGAAAUUUUGAGUUCAGUGGCUUUGAACUGUGCAAUGGAAGACAGGGAUUCAAGACCCACCAUGAGCCAAGUAGUUGAGAUGCUUCAAUGA